GAGUAUCAUUCGAAUUCGAAUUUAAUCUCAUGUCUGUUCCGGUUCUGGAUACUAGUGACUAGUGCUACAUUUUUUUGCAGAUGAACAAAUCCAAGGAGUGUGCUGCAAUAUAACAUCAUACAUUUUUGUCAGGCGGUGACCCGGUGAGCACGCUACCAUUUGGUCUUCAGGCUCAGGCAACGAGCAACGUCUCAUCCGUGUAUAAUACCUGCACAAUAUAAGACACGUCGAGAAAUGGGCGAUACGAUGACCGGCCGCGACGUGACGGCGACAUCACUGAAGGAAAUGGUUCUUCGGACGAUGGUUUUGUUCGUCAUCACGAUGGACGUAUGUUGGGGAUCGGAUCCACCAAAAUCGUACGGGCCGUCUCCGUCGAACGAUAACUACCAAAAUAAUUACGAAUCUGAGUUUCAAAGGCCGUUAGCUGUGUUCACGGAGAGACCAGUGAAUGUGGCUAACUUUGUACUGAUCCCAGUGGUGCAAGUCCCGUCCUCAGAUCUAAGGAUGAUUUAUCGGCCACAGAUCGACAGCGUUUCAAAAACCGAACCAAUAAUAAUGUGCAAAUCAUUGACAAAAUCAUUCGAAGCUACUCCUGCGGUGCAAGUGCAGUUGCAGCAACCAUUUUAUCUGUAUGAUGAACGGACGCUUAUACCAUUUCCAAAGUCAGUUACCAUCUUGCACGGUGGUUACCGCAUGUCAAUCCCGGUCGGCAUGGUCGUAGCACCGGUUCCAGUGGAUCUCCUCCGAGCUGGCCCAGUGUUCGUCACCACCCUAUAUGCCAUACCCGCGGGCUCCGUGCCAGCGCCAUCGCCAGUCAGGUUCGUUCCGUGGUCGCCUUAUCCUCCGAAUCCAACUGCGCUUCAGCCGUACUCACCACCGUCUCAGUACUCGGCACCGCCGCCGUCCCAGUACACGGCACCCCCGCCGUCACAGUAUCCGGCUUCAUCAUCUCAGUAUUCGGCAGCACAAUCGCCGCCCACGCAGUACUCGCAAUCGGCACCACCGUCGCCCACUUACUACCAACACUCGGGGGGCACUGACGGCGGUUAUGUCGAAGAGUCCAACGAACCACCUGGCAAACUCUACUCGCAGUUGGCGGCGGCUUCGUUCCAAAACUCCAAAGAAUCGCCACUGCUGCACCAACUCAGGGAGGAGUCGGAAAAGAACCGCCACAAGUACUCGCCGCCUUCGUACAACAAUCAUUAUCAAACGGUCGACGUUGCAUAGACAUUAGACGAGUCAUCGCCACUAGACUUGGGGGGAGGGGGGCCAGUUUAUGGGUGCAUGCUUUCCAUGAGACAGUCGUGCUAUUUUUUAUUGUAUCAUUAAUAUUAUUAUUAACUAACGAAAACUAUUUUUCUA